AUGGAUAAUGUUGAUGAAACAGAUGGAGAACAGACCCCAGACAAAGUUGCCAAGGAAGCGAUCGAACACAAUACCAUUGCUGAUAGAUGGAAUGAUAAUAAACUUUAUGGAUUUACAGUGACCAAUGACAAUGAAAGAAAGAACCUGGACCCAACUGUUAGCGAGGUGCUAUCUGGAGAGGAUAAGAAACAUUGGGAAGAAGCAAUGCAUAAGGAGCUGGAUGGGCUUAAGGCCAUGGGCACGUGGGAAGUCGCCGAUCUCCCAAAGGGUAUGAACACCAUUGACACACAUUGGGUACUAAAGAUAAAGAUGGAUGCCAACCUAAUCCCAACCAAGUUCAAAGCAAGUAUCUUCUUAAAGCCACUGCUUGGAAUGAAGGUACCCCCUGGAAAGGCCCUGAAGCUAGUGAAAGGCCUAUAUGGAUUAAAGCAAUUGGGUAGAGAAUGGAAUAUGGAGCUAGACUCACACCUACGAAAGAUAGGUUUCUAUUGCAUGCUGAGUGCUCCAUGCCUAUACUCAAGAGGGACAGGUGAUAGCAUGACAAUCAUCACAGCCUAUGUAGAUGACAUGCUUAUAACAUCACCCAGUCGUAUGGAGGUAAGCUGCACUAAGGAUGAGAUAAUGGCAAAAUGGGGAACGGAAGAUAAAGGACCUGUGAAGGAGUUCUUAGGUGUAAGGAUAGAUCAAGACAGAAUACAGAGAAGAAUGACACUCGACCUAACAGCUUACAUUAAGGCUAUGGUGAGAAAGUGGCUACAAACAACUGAUCUGAAGUCAUGGGUACUGAUGCAGAGCCUGAUGGGUGUUACGGGUGGCAACAAGUGUGACUCAUUGGCAGCAAAACAGUACCAAGAAUUAGUUGGACAGCUUUUAUGGGUAUCUAACACAGCAUGGCCUGACAUAUCAUUCACUGUAGGAACACUAGCAAGAUACAUGUCGAGCCCAACAAGCAAUGCAUGGAAGGCAGCAUUACAUUUGGUGAAGUACCUCAAUCAAACCAGCAAAUAUAAGUUACUCUUUGGAGAUGAAGCAAACAAACACUUGGGACAGCAAAUUGUUAUGUAUACUGAUGCAAAUUGGGCAUCAGACCCAACAAAUGGAUGA